AUGAACACGAGUCAGGUGAACGCUUCACUCAAGUGUGAGAGGGACACUAGAGUAACGUCUGUUCUCUUCCCUUGCCUGUAUGCGGCUCUCUUUCUGGUGGCUUUUGUGUUGAACAGUCUGGCCGCAUGGAUUUUCUUCCAAAUCCGAAGCACCUCAACCUUUGUCGUGUACCUGAAGAAUGUAGUCGUGGCCGAUCUAUUGAUGACCCUUACUGUGCCUGUGAAGGCACUGACCGAUGCGGGCUUGGGUUCCUGGCAGCUCCGGGCUUUUCAUUGCCGGUACUCAGCUGUGCUCUUCUAUACCACUAUGUACAUCAGCAUCCUCCUCCUCGGAUUGAUCAGCUUGGACCGGUACCUAAAGAUUGUGCAUCCGUUUGGAAAAUGCGCUCUUCAGAGGGUCAGAGUGGGUCAGAGACUGUGCGCAGUUGUCUGGGUGGUUAUGUUGUCACUGGCUCUGCCGAACGUUAUCCUAAGUAACCACAUGCCACAGAUUUCCUCUGGUGCUAAGCUGCGAUGCACCAAGAUGAAGGGGAAGAUGGGACUCCUGUGGCAUGAAGGCUUUAAUUACUUCUGCCAGGUUGUUUUUUGGGGUACAUUAGCACUUAUGGUCGUCUGCUACACCUUCAUCAGCAGGAAAGUGUUUGAAUCGUACCGUGCGUCACAAAGCAGCAGUGACACAGCCAGCAAACAGACCACAUCUAAGGUGUUUGUGGUUGUGGGUGUUUUCUUCGUUUGCUUUGCACCCUUCCACCUGGCCCGAGUCCCUUACACUCUCAGUCAGACCCGCAACACUUCUGCCCAGUGCUGGGCCCAAAACCAGCUGUACUAUGCCAAAGAGAUCACGCUCUGGUUAUCAUCUACUAACGUGUGCCUGGACCCUCUCAUUUAUGUUUUCCUGUGUCGAGUCUUCCGCAGGAAGCUCACAGCUGCGCUGAGCCGGCGUCCGCUCCCUCACGCUUCUCUGACAGAGACCUCCACAAAAAUAGAGAUGCCAAACAGAGCCCACUGUGUGACAGACCCCUAACCCUA